GGUCAAGGGGGUGACGCCACACGACGCUAAGCCACGGCUAGCGGGGGUACGCGGUUACGCGAUCCACGGUUGGUCGCAAACCACUCAACGCGACAAGCACCAUCUCUCCCAUGGACGUGUUGCCUGCCGCCGAGACUGAUGGAAAUGAGCGACUGGCGGCAUUCCAUAGUCGACCUCACCUACGAUGACGACGAUGCGGAAAGCGACGAGGGCGCGCUGUCCUCGUUGCCCUUGGCAACUUCCACACCGACUCACUCACACCCCUCCAUGAGCGCGCCCUUGCCUCGACCUGCCUCAUCGCGACCACUUCCUCCAACGACGCGACCCGCACCUGCAUACGUAAACCCAUAUCCCCCGCCUCCUGGCAACAUGCCGAAAGCGACAAACACGGCGAGUAUGAGACGCCUUGGUCAGGCACCCAGUACUUACGUGCCGGUUCCUGGGCAGUCGAGCAAUGGGGCAAGCGACUCGCGGGCGGCCAAAAGAAUCAAGACAUCUGAAGGCGCCCCCAAAACUUCAACACCACCUGUAAAGAAGCCGACCCCACGCAGAGGCAUACCGCCAGCAGCACAAGCCGCGACCCUAGGCAAGUACAAGCUCAAUGCCUGGACAGCGGAAUCUAGUGCGCCAGUGCCUCCUUCAAGUGCCACAUCGAAGCCCAGCGCUGGCAACGCGAACAAAGCUCCAUCGGUCCAAGAUAUCAACAAGGCGCUAAAGACGAACGCUGCACCUACGCUACACGGAGUCAGGACGGUCAGUUCACGCGCACUCCAAAUCGGUCGCCGGCCAGGUAGCAGCUCAGGUCCAGUCAAGCCAGCACCACCGAUACGGGAGACGCCGCGAAUGUCACAGGCACCGUCAGCUCAGAACCAACGACAACAAUCCGGCGAUACAGCUACGUACAAUGGAUUAAGUGCAGGCAUACCAAACAGAAGCCCAGGAAGACCGCGCAGUCGCCUUCCGCCAGCUUCGAACAGCACACCGUCAAGGCCGAACUACUUCACGGGACCUGCCAAAGAGCAACCUUCAGAUGAAGACCACGACAGCGUCAUGUCCGAUGUAUCGUCCUCGGCAGAUUCUGUACCGCAACAGCCAUCGGAUGAGGUGAAGAGCGGAAAUGUCCACCACGGUCUCGGACCUCCAGUCGCUACAUUCCACUCAUCCACCCUCCCCAAGGGCGCGGAUGUACCUGCACCGCCACUAUCCACUGGACGCAAGAAAACAGUCAAUCCGUUUGAUACAGCCCAAGACCAUUACCUCAUCUUUCUCAAGGAGGUUAAGCAGUUCACAUGGGCGCAGAUCACAGCAGAGUACAACAACGACAUGCCGCACCGCCCAUACGCAGCACUUCAGUCUCGCUAUUCGACUUUCCUCAACAAGAGAGACAGAUCUCAUAAUCCGUCAAUGUUGAUCCUGCCCUCUCGGUGGGCUGCAGAGGCGACUGUUGAUUGGAAUCUUGUUCGUAGUACCAGUGCUCCAUCAAGAGGGCCACGGAGCAAUCUAUCCGCUUCGCACCCUCACCAACCGAAACGUCAGGAGCAGGCCCCUAGACAUCUACCUAUCCAACAAACCAUUGAGCAAGACUAUUCUUCAGGAGGAGAUUCUGCGCCUCGGCGAGAGCGACCGCGCCGAGCAAAACCAGUCAACUAUACAUGGCCAAAGCAGCGAGGUAUCCCAGGAGGCGGGAUCGAAGAGGAGUUUACGGAAGACAGCUUCGAAGCUGUGGCGGACGAUUUUGGAUAUUCGCGGUCGGAGACGUCCCCAGAGGACGACAGUCCUUUGCCCAGCAAGGCUAUCGCCGUCGAGAACCAGCCUGUGGACGUUCAUUUCAAUGCAGAUGAUGCUGAAAUAGGAUUGAGUCUCCGACGUACGAAUUCGCGUAAGGACACGACCAAGAAAAUGCCAUAUCUCAGCACUUCGCAGCGUUUGUCAAUACAGAAUCCACCUGCUGGGGAGUGGAAUCAGCUUACCAGUCGUGACUGGCAAGGCACUUUACUUCAUGUCGACUUCAGUCCCGCUGAGAUUGCUUCGGUAGAGAAGGCGAUCGCUUCGACAAAAAGAACCUCAACCACACGACACAGUACAAAAGGAAGGCAGCUGCGCGAACACUUGAAGGCUUUUACAGAACCGCAGAUCCUUCGACUAGUCGAAAGCCUCCUUCAUCGUUUGCACUGCCGCGAUCGGAGCAGCAUCCAAGCUUUUAUACAAGACGCGUUAGCUGGCGAUGUUGCAGAAGUACUGCAAAUACAGAGGCUUGCAGCUGCGCGACCAGACACAGAGAUGCAAUCGACCCAGAGGCAGUCCACAACUUCAAUCAUUCGCCAACGUGAGCUAGGUCUCCAAUCCAGAAGAGGCUGGCAUAGUGCGUCAAAUCCGCUUACCUACCAGGUCAAGAACAAGUAUAUGGAUACAAUGGGACCGGCAGCUCACUGGACGGGCGCAUCAAGCGACAUCCACACUGUUGCAUGGGCGCCGGAUGGUGAGCACUUUGCUGCUGGUGCCGUCGCUGUUGACGAUCCAGACUCGAUGCAGUACAAUCGACCGAACAACCUCCUUUUCGGUAGUACCAUGCAGGGCACAAUCCAUGAAUUGGCAGAACACUACAGAAUUCGCGAGAAGACUAAGACUGGCGCUAACUCCAGUCAUGCUAUGUUCGCCUCCCAAGACCCGAAGCUCUACACUACGGUUAGCUCGGUAGCGUUCUCCAAUACCAGUCCGUACAUGUACUCGUCAGGUUACGACGGACAUAUCGGUAUUUGGAGAACAGACUUAGAAGCAACGCAGCCAAUGCUAGCUGCGAAGCUCAACGUGAAAGACCAGAUCGAUAUUCUGUCAGUCAACCGUACGAAUCCCAGCAUGAUCGCAACAGCAGCAAAAGUCUUCAGCGAGAAGGCUAUAAGAGUACUCAAGAUAGAUGAAGCGGAGCCGUGGAACUUUGCAAAGUCGAGCUUUCACUCAAACAAGGCCGUUGCACGCGCAGACCUAAGAAUACUCCCUUCGGCCUUGCAGUUCGAGCCCGCGUUUGGCGGGCUUCUUCUUGCAGGCUUCGGUGCCAACUUGAAGGAGACAGGUCUUGAUAUGACAGGCGAUCUCUGCUUGUGGGAUGUCGAAACACAGACCCCGUACAAUAUUCACGGCUCUAACAGGAACAUUUUCGACGUCACUUUCAACCCAAACCGCUCCAACAUGCCAUUGUUUGCUGCCGGAUGUGUAGCAACAGGUUCCACUGUCAACCGCGGCACCCGCUCGACGGUCCGCCUCUACGAUGUGAGAGACGACAGUAAGUUGACCUGUCCUAUCGAGUUCGAAUGUAAAGCUCUUGAUAUGAACGAUGUAAUAUGGUGUCCGCAUGACGAACGACUCAUUGCAGCUGGCUGCACAGACGGAAAGGUCUAUGUCUGGGAUGCGCGUUGGCCAGACGAUCCUCUGCGCGUACUCUCUCACGGCAGCUCCUUGAUGCCUCUCCAAGAGGGAAUCAAGCAUGAGAUUACAGACACCGGCAUACGGUUCUUAUCAUGGGGCGGGAAUGCCACUCGGCUUUAUUCUGGUUCAUCCGAUGGUGUGGUCAAGGUCUGGGACGUCACGCGCGCAGAAGAGAACACGUUCAUCAAGGACUUGAUUACCACAGAUUCCGGUAUCAUGUCUGCAGCUUUUAGUCCAGACUAUAGCAAGCUUGUCGUUGGAGAAGUCAAUGGCUCAGUUAACGUGCUUGAAGUCGGCAGAGAUGACACUACAAUCAAAGACGCAAACAGACUACGGUAUAUGCCUUAUCAAGACGAUGAGCAAGACGACAUCCAGGACGAGGCUAGCGACAUCACUCAUCUAGCACCCGAGUCCGGUAUUACUGAAGGCAACUAUCUACUGCAGACUCGGCAGCUACAGGUCGCGCCUAUGGGAAGUUUACCAAUCCGACAAGUCGUUCAAGGUGUGAACUACGCCGGCCCAUUCGACGAGAGUAUCGACGCGCCAUUUCUUCGUGAACAAGCGCUGCAAUUCCAGCUCGGUCUUACAAUACCGCGAGGCCACCAGUGUGACAUCCCUGCCUGCAAGGACAACCUCAACAAAGUCACGAGCGAGGACGUCGGCGACUCAGGACGAAGUGAAGACCGUAUCCCAGAUGAACUGCGUCGACAAUGGAAGGCUAUCGACACUAAAAGCGCCAUUAUACCCGGCAAAUCGAAGUGCACGCACUGUGGUCGCCCAGCCCGCCCAUCUACGACAAAGAACAGCGACGUUGUCCUAUGCGAGCGCUGCUCUUUCGCUUGUUUCCGCUGUGGCUCUGUCAACCCCAUUGCCCCAUCUAGCACAACACUCAUUUGCGACUCGUGUGCUGGUGUCUGGGACAUUGGCGUUCUCGGUUACGAGUGUGUUCAGCAGCCGUAUGCCCACAACAGGCACAUGCAGUUGGAUGUCCCAGCGUUGGAGAGGUGGGGCGAAGAAGCUCAUGCAGAUAGGCAGGAUGAUUUCGAUACGAAUCACGGCGACGAGAUGAAUGCGCUGACCGACUACUACCUCUCUUUGGCUAUUGAUCGGCCGGAGAGUCCGCCGUUGUAGGGGCUAGCGUUUCAGAGCCUGGUGUUGAGGAGAUUGGCUGCCAUGAAGGCACUUUGCAGAGGAAGGGGCGAUGAACACGUGUACAUUAUAUUAUGGAAGCGAAGAGCGGAACGGUAAGA